UCUCAGGUCAGCGCAGAACUUACAUGCACUUCAACUAUGGAGUCCUCGGGCGACAAGCCUGCCAGUGAGCCUGAGUCGGAGGAGUAUGGCACUCUGAAGUACCAACUGCUUGGUCCAUCUCUGACGAAAGCGGGUCAGGACUCGGUUGAUCAGCAGAAGGUGUCAGAAAUUAUUUACAAUGCCUCUAAGGGCUCCAAGUUCUUCAAUCACGAACAAGACCGUGAUCGAAAUCUCACGGUCAAGAUUGAGCGAAUCUUGAAAGAAAAAGCCCGGCUAGAACGACUAGACUUAAGCCAUGAAUUGCGACGCGCAGAUGAAUAUCUGGCAGAGCUGGAGUCGAGUCGAGAUCUUUCUCAGAAAAUUGUCCAUGUCGACUGCGACGCGUUUUUCGCCGCCGUUGAAGAGUUGGACAGGCCUGAGUUGAAGACAGUACCGAUGGCAGUUGGCAAGGGCGUUCUAACAACCUGCAACUACUUGGCAAGGAAAUUCGGUGUCCGGAGUGGCAUGGCUUCGUUUGUCGCGAAGAAGUUGUGUCCACAACUCGUUCUCCUGCCCCAAAACUAUGAGAAAUACACCGCAAAGGCCAAGGAAAUCCGUGCUAUCAUGGCCGAGUACGAUCCUCUUUUCGAAAGCGCAAGUAUUGAUGAGGCCUAUCUGAAUAUUAGGGCAUUUUGCGAUGAAAAUCGGAUGGAGCCAAAAGAGGUUGUCCAGCGGAUGCGUGCCCAGAUCUUGGAGACUACCAAGGUGUCUGUUUCCGCUGGAAUCGCCCCCAAUGCGAAAAUUGCCAAAAUUUCUUCGAAUAUAAACAAACCAAAUGGUCAAUUCCAGGUUCCUAAUGACCGACAAGCCAUUAUGGAAUUCAUGCGCGAUCUUCCAGUACGCAAAGUCAACGGCGUUGGUCGAGUGUUCGAACGAGAGUUAUCAUCAAUCAAUGUCAAAACAUGUGGUGAUAUCUAUCCACAUCGUGCGCUGUUGAACAAACUAUUUGGAGAAAAGGCCUUUCAAUUUUUGGCACAAUGCUACCUUGGCCUGGGACGCACUAAGAUCGAGCCCGUGGAGAACCAUGAGCGCAAAAGCGUGAGCACAGAGACUACUUUCCAUGAAAUUGGAGAUCGAGAGGAAGUUCGAGCGAAGCUCUGGUGGGCUGCUCAGGAGCUUGAAAAGGACCUCACGCGGACUCAGUUCAAAGGCCGCACCCUCGCCCUGAAAGUCAAACUUCAUACUUUCGAAGUGCUAACCCGCCAGAUAGCGCCAUCUCGCCCGGUGUGUACCGCGAAAGACCUGUAUACAUUUGCUUUACCCAUGCUAGUGAAGCUAGAAAAGGAUAUCCCCGGUAUGAAGCUCCGGCUUCUUGGGUUGCGUUGCUCAAAUCUGGUGAGCACCCAGAAAGUAGGAAUCAACUUCUUUGGUAUAGCUACGCAACCGAAACCUACUGUACAAGUUGCUGCCGAAUUUCCGUCCACGGAGAGAAAAGAUCACGAGAUUGAUGCUGAAGAGGCAUUUGAAUCGGCCGCUCGCCAGGAGAUCCAAGAUGAGAUGAAUGACUUGGAAACCCUCAGUCAAGAAACACCAUCUGUUCCUGUCGCCCGCGAGCUAACAGAACCUCUGGUCGAGCAAUCUGCAUCUGAUACAGUCGAGCCACCUCCCAUGUGGGACUGUCCAAUCUGUUCCCGACCCCAGACGGCCGAUGAUCGCCUGUUCAACGAACAUAUGGACUUCUGUCUGUCCCGACAAACAAUACGUGAAGUAGCGCAGGACACUGCGCCCUCGAUACCCCCCAGCAAUCGAAAACGGAAAACACGGCAGACUAGUCCUCCUGAGACGGACCCCAAACAGAAGCGACUCUUCUUCCAAUAA